UUGGGUCUGGGAGAGGAAGGCAUAUGGGUGUGUAUUUGUGAGUUUUGGCAUCAUGGAUAUACUUUUUCCUGGGGAAUUUUUCACUUUCUUACUAGGAGAUAUCCUCUUAGCUACGUCACUGGAAUUUCUAGGAAGUAGGAGCUGAUAGAAUAAAAAGGCUGUGAGCUGAAGGCAAAGGGCACACUGUGACUGGCAGCUCUGCACUGCAUCUUAGCAUAAGAAUCACCACAGUGACUUAGCAAAGGAAAACAGUCGCUGAAGACACAUCUUUACCAGGCUGCUACGUAGCACCAGGCAUCACAGCCACAAUCUCCAUUUCUUCAAAGAGCAAAGUGAAGAGAAGUUCCCCAGAAACAUGAUUGGCCUGUGGUUCCUCUCUGUUCUCACUUACGGACUUAUGGUGCUUGAGGAGGGCAAUUGCUGGACAUACCACUAUUCAGAAAAAAACAUGACCUAUAAGCUUGCGGAGGAAUGGUGUAGAAAACACUAUACAAAUAUGGUUGCCAUUCAGAAUAAGGAGGAAAUUGUCCAUCUGAAUGCAUUUCUACCCUUCAAUCCAGUUUAUUACUGGAUUGGAAUCAGAAAGAUUGAUAAUGAGUGGACCUGGGUUGGAACAAGAAAACAGCUGACUGAAGAGGCUAAAAACUGGGCUGAGGAUGAACCAAACAAUAAAAAGAAUGAUGAGGACUGUGUUGAAAUCUACAUCAAAAGAGGGAAGGAUGAAGGCAAAUGGAAUGAUGAAAGAUGCAGCAAACAGAAGGUUGCCUUGUGCUACGCAGCUUCCUGUAACCAGUCUUCCUGCAGUGGCCAUGGUGAAUGCCUGGAGACCAUUAACAAUCAUACCUGCCUCUGUGAUGCUGGAUUCUAUGGGCCUGAAUGCCAGCAUGUUGUGACUUGCGACCAACUAAAAGAACCCGAUCAAGGGACGCUGGAGUGCAGCCAUCCACUGCAGAACUACAGCUACAACUCAUCCUGUGAGGUUCAGUGUGCAGAAGGCUAUGAAUCAACUGGGUUUGAACCAGUUUGGUGUACCUCUUCUGGAAACUGGUCUGCACCCACUCCAGCAUGUAGAGUUGUGCAGUGUGAUGGCUUAAAGGCCCCACCUCAUGGCUCCCUGACGUGUUCUUCUGUCUCUGGGAACUUUCUGUGGAAUUCAACCUGUGAGUUUACCUGUGAAGAAGGGUUUGUGUUGAAGGGAUCAGACAGGCUGCAGUGCGGCGCUUCUGGAGAGUGGAACGGACAGCAGCCAGAAUGCGAAGUUGUGCAGUGUGAUGGCUUAAAGGCUCCGGCUCAUGCCUCCGUGACGUGCUCUCCGGCCUCUAGGAACUUUCUGUGGAAUUCAACCUGUGAGUUUGCCUGUGAAGAAGGGUUUGUGUUGAAGGGAUCAGACAGGCUGCAGUGCGGCGCUUCUGGAGAGUGGGAAGGACAGCAGCCGGAAUGCGAAGUUGUGCAGUGUGAUGGCUUAAAGGCUCCAGCUCAUGGCUCCGUGACGUGUUCUCCUGCCUCUGGGAACUUUCUGUGGAAUUCAACCUGUGAGUUUGCCUGUGAAGAAGGGUUUGUGUUGAAGGGAUCAGACAGGCUGCAGUGCGGCGCUUCUGGAGAGUGGGAAGGACAGCAGCCGGAAUGCGAAGUUGUGCAGUGUGAUGGCUUAAAGGCUCCAGCUCAUGGCUCCGUGACGUGUUCUCCUGCCUCUGGGAACUUUCUGUGGAAUUCAACCUGUGAGUUUGCCUGUGAAGAAGGGUUUGUGUUGAAGGGAUCAGACAGGCUGCAGUGCGGCGCUUCUGGAGAGUGGGAUGGACAGCAGCCAGAAUGCGAAGUUGUGCAGUGUGAUGGCUUAAAGGCUCCAGCUCAUGGCUCCGUGACGUGUUCUCCUGCCUCUGGGAACUUUCUGUGGAAUUCAACCUGUGAGUUUGCCUGUGAAGAAGGGUUUGUGUUGAAGGGAUCAGACAGGCUGCAGUGCGGCGCUUCUGGAGAGUGGGAUGGACAGCAGCCAGAAUGCGAAGUUGUGCAGUGUGAUGGCUUAAAGGCUCCGGCUCAUGGCUCCGUGACGUGCUCUCCGGCCUCUGGGAACUUUCUGUGGAAUUCAACCUGUGAGUUUGCCUGUGAAGAAGGGUUUGUGUUGAAGGGAUCAGACAGGCUGCAGUGCGGCGCUUCUGGAGAGUGGGAAGGACAGCAGCCGGAAUGCGAAGUUGUGCAGUGUGAUGGCUUAAAGGCUCCAGCUCAUGGCUCCGUGACGUGUUCUCCUGCCUCUGGGAACUUUCUGUGGAAUUCAACCUGUGAGUUUGCCUGUGAAGAAGGGUUUGUGUUGAAGGGAUCAGACAGGCUGCAGUGCGGUGCUUCUGGAGAGUGGGAUGGACAGCAGCCAGAAUGCGAAGUUGUGCAGUGUGAUGGCUUAAAGGCUCCGGCUCAUGGCUCCGUGACGUGCUCUCCGGCCUCUGGGAACUUUCUGUGGAAUUCAACCUGUGAGUUUGCCUGUGAAGAAGGGUUUGUGUUGAAGGGAUCAGACAGGCUGCAGUGCGGCGCUUCUGGAGAGUGGGAAGGACAGCAGCCGGAAUGCGAAGCUGUGAUGUGUGAAGCAGUGAACAGGCCUGAAAACGGCUUUGUGGAAUGUACCACCCGUCAUCCAGAAUUCACGUACAACUCGGCCUGUGAAUUCCAUUGUGAGGAGGGCUACAGAUUAAGUGGAUCACGCACCAUUCAGUGCACAGCUCAGGGAGAAUGGUCAGAGCCCUUCCCAAAAUGUGAAGUUGCACAGUGUGAAACCCUGAUACUCCCUGAGAAGGGCUCCAUGAAUUGUUCACACCCUCUUGGGGAUUUUGCAUACAGCACAGUUUGCGAGUUUAACUGUACAGAGGGAUGGUUGCUAAAAGGCUCUAACAUACUUCAGUGUGGCGCUGCAGGGAACUGGACUGCAAGUCAGCCGACGUGCGAAGCUCCCCAAGUGCCUGAAGAACUGCUCAGUUACGUCUCUGUUGGAAUAGCAGCCACCGGAGCCUCACUCCUGUCGACAGCAUCAUUCCUCAUUUGGCUUGUAAAGCGCCUUCGAAGGAAAGCAAAGAAAUUUACUCCUGCCAGCAGCUGCCAGAGUCUCAAUUCAGAGUGUACCUUCCAAAGCACUGCUCAUCUAAUCUAACGCCAAGUGACUCUGGAAUUGAAGCUGUCUUCACUGAUGCCUCAGAGCUGCUCAGGAAAUGGAGCUAUGCAGUCCUCAGCAAGCGGCCAGGUGUUGAUACAUCUUGCUGACAAGAUGAUUAGCCUUGGGUCUUGCUACUAAAUACUGAGCUCAGUCAUCUGGUUCUGCCACUGAAGAGAAGCAAGCUGUGGGUAAAACCUUAGCUGUUUACCAAGAGACUACAUGGGUCCCACCAACGUACAGCUACAGUGAUUGGGAGAUCUCUAUUCAUUCUCUGGAUGGGGACAAAAUAAGCUGCUGUCUAUGGGAGAGGUUGGACUCCUCUAGGGUCAGUCUGUAGGUACCAGAGUAGAGUGAACACUUUGCAAUAUACAUGGCUGGAGAUCUCUCCCAUGGAAACACAUGGGUCACAAUUUUUAAAGCAAAAUAGUUAGAAUGGGAAAUAACUGUGGAAUUUCCUUACAAACCAUUGAUUUGAUUCACUGGUAAUUGUUGAAGUAAAUGUACUGUAACAAUAAGUCACAGUUAAUCAAUCUGCUUGUAACACUAUGGUCAGGGUGUUUUGCUGCAGUUCCCAGUGAGUUUUUAUAUUGUAACUUUAAACCCUUGCUAAUGGGAGCACUAUCAGAGUUAGUAAUUAUGCCAGGCACCCUGGUUCGUGAAUGCUGCAAGUAGACCUGAAACAAUUUCAUCCCCAUGGGAUUAAGUAUUGUAAUCUAUAUAAAUAUAUAUUUAGUUUCUUGUGCACUUUCUUCUGCAUGUAAUUCUAUACUGUUUGUAAAUUGUAGAACUGCUGUAGGAUAUCUGCCCUAGAGUUCAGGAUCAUAGAUGUUCUGCAAAAAGUAUGUGACAUCUACUCUGUUCAGAUAAAAUAGCCUGUUGUAUAAUGCAAAAGGUAGUGACUACAGACCUUCUGUGUACUUAUUCCUUCAAAUUUAUCUGUCAUUUAGGGACAGACAUGAUUAAAGGACUGUAUGUGCAUUCAUGUGUGUCUGAACAUAAGAACAUAACAUAACACUAGAUAGAAGUAAAAUGUCAUGUUUAGACCUUUGGGGUCUAAUCCUACUCUCAUUAACACUGAUGGCAAAACUCUCGUUAAUUUCAAUGAUUCAGGAAAAGGCCCUUCAUAACUUACAAGUUGUUCUUUGUGCCACCUUCAUGAAUAUUGCGUUUGAUAACAUUGCAUACACAAUAGUCCAAUGAAAAGACCUGAGGUCAUAUUUUAGUGGCUGAUGUUUUUGUAAGAAGCAGUUAUGUGCGACUGAAUAUUUGGGGGCAGAGCUUCACCUGAUAUAAAUUGUCACAGCUCAAUCAGAGGUACCCUUUUAUGGUUUUCAUGUCUGUAUAUUAUUUAAAUAUAAACUGGCAGCAUAAGAAGAUGUUUAUAUAUAAUGAAUAUAAUCUGCUUAGGUUUUAUAUUAUCAGUAUGGUUUUGAAUAAGUUAUGUAUUUAAUGUAUUUAUGAUUACACAGUCGUGACUGCUUUUAAUCUGAUAUGUGCUGUGCUCUA